GUCACACAGAAUCGACAGUUUCAAAUUUUACUAAAAGUUUGUUUGCUUCAUUGCAAAAUGUCGCAAACCAUUUUAACUAAAAAACUUAAAUUUGCUUAAUGGAACGCUGUUUGCCAAUUUCCCGUUUUGAACCCGUGGUUUGCCAAUAAUUUGUGAUCUGAAAGUGGCGCAAGCAGCGUGGUGCACGGAAGUAGCCCAAAUUCAUACAUAUGAAUGUGCAAAAACAGGCAUGGAAUUACAGACAGUAAAGGUGAAUAACCUGCGUUGCACCACCACCGUGGUCUCUUCCCUCCAAGCAUCUGUUUCUGCAACAUCAUCUCCCAACCUUACGCCAAAGAAGAGAGUGGCCAAAGUUGCCGCCGGCGAAACCACUUUCUUCGAGCAGCUGAAUCCACAGCAAAAGCGGCAGGUAGACUUCAAUAGCCGUAAUAGCCUUAAGAGUUCAAUCUCGGAGGUCGAUAAGGAGUUCAAUGACCAUAAGAACUUUCUUGGCUCUCUAACAGACAGUGAGAUAAUGGAAAAAUCAAACGGCUCGCUAAGUUGUGCCUCCUCAAACACAUCGGUCACGCCUGGAAUGAACAUCAUUGGAAGUGGCGCCGCCACUGGCUCUGCUUCGACGACAUGCUUGGCCGUUGUACCCAACAUCGCCCAAAUUAAGAAGCGCAUCUCGAGUAGCCGCACGCCGACACGCAAGGCGCAUCGGAUUAAAUUCUACCGCAACGGUGAUCGCUUUUAUCCGGGCGUAACAAUUCCUGUCUCUAACGAACGGUAUCGAUCCUUUGAAAGUCUCUACGAAGAUCUUACCCGGUUGCUCGAGGAGAACGUGAAGAUACCAGGUGCAGUUCGCUCCAUCUAUAGCAUGUGUGGAAAGAAGGUUACCACUUUCGAUGAGUUGGAGGACGGUCAGAGUUACGUUUGUUCCUGUAAUAACGAGAAUUUUAAGAAGGUAGAAUAUAACACUAGUUCCCAGGCUUUGGCCAAUCUGACGCUGGCCAACACUAGUCGCUCGAACAAUCAGCGGCUGGCUAAAUUUCAUCGACCUUCCUCACCCCUUAAGAACGGAUCACUCUCCAGCAAUGGGUCAGCUGCAGCUUAUGCUGGAGGAGCGGCCAAUGGAAGUCCGUUGAUUGCCUCCCGAUUCAGCGAGCUUGACACUGUGGUUCAUCCACGUAUCGUUACGCUUAUACGGAAUGGCACUAAGCCACGACGCAUCAUGCGCUUGUUGCUAAACAAGCGUAACAGUCCAAGCUUCGAUCACGUCCUGACCGCCAUCACGCAAGUGGUUCGCCUAGAUACAGGUUAUGUGAGAAAGGUAUUUACCCUUUCAGGGUCACCAGUAGUCCAACUCGCUGAUUUUUUUGGGCCGGAUUACGUAUUUUUUGCGUAUGGCACAGAGCGUAUUAACACAGCGGAGGAUUUUAAGCUUGAGGGUGACGAGCAACGUGCUAUCAAUGUCAUACGUAAGACCCUGCGCACCGCGGGGACCACAUGCAAGGGACCAAAGCCCAAGAUGCCUGUCAAAAGCAAAAAGGUGUAUCCUCCGUUGGUAGUUUCGGAGUCGUUCAAAGCAGCUCCCGCGCUUAAAGAUGAUGAGCAGCAGGCCUUACUAAAAAUAACUGGCGUAGAGGUCGAUGAUUUGCCAGCUAAUAUUCGGGACCUUUACACUCUGGGAGAAAUUAUUGGCGAUGGUAACUUUGCCAUUGUGCUCAAAAUCAAAGAUCGCCAAACGGGCCAUCCCUACGCCCUGAAAAUUAUAGAUAAAAGCAAGUGUAAGGGCAAGGAGCACUACAUUGAUGCCGAAGUUCGAGUCAUGAAAAAAUUAGAUCAUCCGCAUAUAAUAUCACUAAUAAUGGACGUGGGCCAACAUACAAAUAUGUAUUUGGUUCUGGAGUAUGUUAGUGGUGGCGAUCUAUUCGAUGCAAUUACCCAGGUGACGCGGUUUUCAGAAAGUCAGUCGCGGAUUAUGAUUAGGCAUUUGGGCUCCGCCACGUCUUACCUACAUUCCAUGGGCAUUGUACACCGAGAUAUUAAGCCGGAGAACCUCCUAGUUGAAUUAGAUGAACAUGGAAACGUUCUUGAACUUAAGCUAGCUGAUUUUGGAUUGGCGUGUGAGGUAACCGAACCUCUAUUUGCUGUCUGUGGUACUCCCACAUAUGUAGCACCAGAGAUAUUGUUAGAAGUCGGAUAUGGCUUAAAGAUCGACGUUUGGGCCGCUGGUAUCAUUUUGUAUAUAUUGCUGUGCGGGUUCCCGCCAUUUGUGGCGCUUGACAACCAACAGGAACCUCUCUUUGACGCUAUUAUAUCGGGAAUUUAUGAGUUUCCCGAUCCCUACUGGUCAGAUAUAGGCGACGGCGUGCGCGAUUUAAUCGCCAAUAUGCUUCAGUCGGAUCCGGACGUUCGGUUCACAAGCGAGGACAUCCUUGAUCAUUAUUGGACGAUGGGAAAUGAAAACGUUUGCAACGAUUAUAAUAGAUGAAUCGUAGUCGUGUGGAGUGUUUAUUAUACUCCCCUUGACCUUUUAGACGCAAGUAAUUUUGUAUCAUGUAUCUUAGAACGCUAUUCUCUAAGACAAUACGUUAUGAUAGUCGUAUAGCGGAUACCACAAUCUAAACACGACCAUAGAACAACACUGAAGAAAAUGAAAACGAGCAUUUCUACUAUUCCAAUAUUCACACCUUUUACGGUGGUUUCCAUCAUAUUUUAUUUUAAAAUAUUUAUAUGGUACAUGUAUAAGUACAUAAAUUAUUGUAUCGCUCUUCUAAUGUUUUCAGUUCAUAUUUUUAUUAAUGAAUAAAUAAAGAAAAAGGGUGAAUAUUAUUUUUUUU